AUGGCAAGCCCUUAAUAUAGUUUUUUAUGUCGUGAGAUCACAUUCUUCACAGUUUAAUAUUAUUUGAUGCAGCUAAUUCAGUAAAACAUAAUAAGUUUCAAAUACCCCCCAAGCUUUUAUUACAAUUCUCGAAAUAUGUAUUUAAAUACACAUUUACUAAUCUCCUUAAUAUAGAAUUUAGUGCAAAUAACAUAAUCUAAACUACAAUUUAUGGAUCACCAUAUGUUUAAAUUGAAGAAAUAGCUCCUAAUAUUUAUUUUACAAAUAAAAGAAUCUAAUUGGUAGGUACAAUCUUUCAUUAAAAUUGCAUCUCUGGAAUUACAGAAAACAUAUCUUCAACAAUUACUUAUGAAUCGAUAUCAAAUAAGGUAAUUAAAUGAGAUAUUGAAUCAAAUAUUCUACCAAAUAUUUACUACUCUAGUAAAUGUCAAACUCCAAAUGUGCAAUUUGUUUAGCUUGAUGAAAAGUUUUGAUUAAAUAGUUAAACCUCCAUUAAUUGAUAAAGUGAAUAAUAGAGGUUUUUCAUACUUUUUGAAUUAUUAUAAGAUAAUUAUAAAUCUAACUCUUUUAUUAAUUAAAGAGACUAUUGAUUUAAAUAAGCUCCUCCAUAUAUUUGAUUUUACUUUAGAAUCCACUAUCAAAAUUUAUGCUUUUAUGAAUUAAAUAAAUGAAGUUGAUGUAUGGAGAUGA